AUGGCAGAGAAAUACGGGGACUAUCAAACGGAGAUCUACGCCCGUGGGGCCAUGAUGGGUCUCCUGCCAACCGUUACAACCGACCCUCGUCUGCUCGAACAGCAAGCUCAGAAAACGAUGAGUUCUCGAGCUUUUAAUUAUGUUGCUGGUGGAGCUGGUGAAAAGGCCACCAUGGACAGCAACCGGCUGGCAUUUCGUCAAUGGAAGCUAAUCCCGAGGAUGAUGAGACAGCUGGAUAAUCAGAAUGUUUCUGUGAAUCUAUUUGGUCAAGAUUACCCGAAUCCACUCCUCAUGGCGCCAGUAGGUGUCCAAUGUAUUUUCCAUGAUGACAAAGAAACAGGCCUAGCGGAGGCAUGUUCGGAGGUUGAGGUGCCAUAUAUCCUUAGUACAGCCAGUAGCAGCACUAUCGAGGAGGUAGCAGCAGCUAAUGGAGAUGGGAAGAGAUGGUUUCAGCUCUACUGGCCAACGAGUGAUGACAUCACCCUUUCUCUAUUGAAGCGCGCAAGGGAGAACGGUUUCUCCGUCCUGGUAGUGACCCUAGACACAUGGUCGCUUGCUUGGCGACCAGCAGAUCUUGAUAAUGCCUACAUUCCGUUCAUCCGGGGAAUCGGCAACCAGAUAGGUUUUAGUGAUCCAGUGUUUCGCAGCAAGUUCGAGAAGGAGUCUGGACGCAAAGUCGAGGAUGAUAUAGUUGGUGCAUCCAGAUCGUGGAUCUCAGAUGUGUUCCCUGGCAGGCCACACUCAUGGGAGCACAUUUCCUUCCUGCGCAAAAAUUGGGAUGGCCCGCUUGUUCUCAAAGGUAUUCAGCAUGUGGAUGACGCAAAACUUGCUCUUGAAGCCGGGUGUGAUGGUAUCGUUGUUUCCAAUCAUGGAGGUCGACAGGUUGACGGCGCAAUUGGUUCUUUGGACGUGCUCCCGGAGAUAGUCGAGGCUGUUGGAGACAAAAUGACUGUCCUCUUUGAUUCCGGAGUCCGGACUGGCGCAGACGUUAUUAAAGCUUUAUGCCUCGGAGCCAAAGCAGUCCUUAUAGGCAGGCCUGUGGUAUAUGGUCUUGCUGUAGAUGGAAAGAAUGGAGCAAAGGCCGUAAUGAAGGAGCUCAGUAGGGCAAUCAUUGAAGGAGUCUUGACCCGGGCUAGGCGCGAUGUUGCCAUCCGAAGUAGCGACCAUGGCAAAUCAGAGGCUGAGACUUUACUUGAGCGUAGCCUCGCCGCUCUACACAUGACAGUAACGUCUGCAUCGUUCUUUGCUGCUGCGACGUUCCACCUAUCUUCUACGACACUCUCGUCGGCUGCUCAUAUGUCUCAGGCCCUAUUAUCCACUCUCGAUGCGACCCUAGGCUCAACAGAGUCUUCUAGAGCAAUUGCGGCGAUCAUAACUCUCAUUCGAAGACAGUUCAAUACCCCUAACAUUGAUGCCGGUACUGAUAAUGUCGGAGUUGCUGAUCUUUUGGUUGGCACUGUGGGGUUUGCUAUGCUGCAACGUUGGGGUCAAAAGAGUACCGAAAGGCAUAUGCGAGCAAAUGGUGGGAAUGAGAUCAUCUGGGAUGUUGUCAUCCUUGAUAAUGGCAUGAGAGCCGAUGUUGUUGGGGCACACCAAAUAGAGCCUACGCGAGUUCCUCAUGAUGACCUAGGUGACGAGGCCAAGCACUCCUCUUUUAUAUCACCUGGGCAGGAUGAAGAAAUCUUCGAUGCCGUGCAACGUUCUACGAGUAUGGUAGAUACAGCCGAGCAACCUUUCCUAACACUUCCCCCAGGAAACCAAAGUGAUGUCUCAAAUGAAGAUAUUCGUCUAUAUAUAUUAAACCAGCUCCCCCAAGGUUGCCGCGCCUCAAUCAGAACCGAUUUGGUAUCAGCACGCACCAUCACAGUGGACAUCUUCGACGACGACAAUGCAGAAAUUGCUGCCCCACCAGGUACCAUGAUGAUUGAAGAGAGGUUUCAUAAUAAUCAAGUUGGAGGCGGAAUCCCAGGGUCGCAACAGCUUCCCAAGCACACAGUUGUAUUUAGAACAGCAUUCAACAAGUCACAGUGUGCGGACGUUUCUAGUCUACGAGGAACAGGUUUCGAGCAGGCUGGUUUAAGUUCUUCACAAUUCCCCGAAGUCGCUAUCAGUGCAGAUCCAUCGCCAGAUUUCGGAACUAGCCUCAUAAGCGACAAUCAAUAUAAUAUAACGACCGGUCAACGACAAUCAGAUGACAAUCGUUCGACAAGGCAGACCAGGAAUCCAGUUGACGACAACUGUUCUCCAUCAGACUUGAAUUUAUUAUCUUCGUCUCAUAUACCAACAACCCAAGGUAUCAAGCUUGAGGCUGAUACUAAGAAUCAUGUCAGGCCUUCACACACGUCUUCGAAUGAAUCGGAAUCUGCUUCUAAGGGCUCAUUUGGGAAAGCUUCACUGGCAAGGUUCGCACAAAGGGUGAAGCCAACUGGUGCAGAGAAGAAUGAAAUUGCUAAGCGGCCAUCUUCGAAGCCACCCUUUGAGAGGUCUAGUUCACAGCCUUCAUCAACGCGUUUGAACCAGAAAACGAAGCCCAGUAAUAAGGCCUUAAUUCCGGAGAGAAAAUCAUCAACACAAGGGCCCCAGGUGAAGCCAAGGUCCGGUGAAAAAACACACAGAGAACCAUUCUCCAGCGAUAGAAACUCAACAUCUGUAGCAAACAGAGGCUUACAGAGAUCAGUACCACAAAGUUCUCGAUUGGGUACCACUCCUCAAACUGCACGCCGUGCGAACAUGCGCGACGCGAACAGUGGAAGAAACCCAAGGACGGAAUACUAUUCUAUACAUGAGAAGAGCAAAGAGUCAUUUGUCACACAAACAGAUGCUUAUUCCCUCCGAUCCAUGGAUUCUCGGCCAGGAUCGCCGGUGGCUAUGAGGACACAUGUACGCAGCAGUAGUUCGAUGUCCCUGACAAGAUCUGAAGCCGACAUGACAUUAUCCGUCAAUGGGGACAGCCGUCCGGGCUCUUCUUCCAUACAUGAAAGGUCCAAACCAUAUCCUUCCAGUAUAUAUUCAUUGGCAACUGCAGGCUCAGAAACAUCGUUGAUCCUUGCCCAUCGUUCUCGGAAGAGCACGUAUGACGAUAUUGCAACUAUACAGGCCCUAAACCGAGAUGGUCUAGUACCAGGUAUAUUCCCUCAGAAGCAUUUUGUACAAAAUAUCAGACGCUUCUGUCGAUUUUCGUCGGCAUCAUACGGUUCGAAUGCCCUUAAGGUCAUGGGUGUUCCGCGGCUAUCUAAUGGUCUCCCCUACCAGGAAUCUGACAGUCAAGAACACACGGACUUUUCUGAUCAUACUGGUCUGCCGACUUCUAGCAUUCUUCUUUCAUCUUUCGUUGACACUGCUGGUGGUACAAAUGCCGCUGGAGAGACCGAUACCGGUUAUCCGCUGGUCCAUUACCUCUUCCUAGAUCAUGAAUCAAAGGCUGUUGUUCUAGCUCUAAGAGGAACAUGGGGGUUUGAAGAUGUACUCACAGAUAUGACAUGUGAUUAUGAUGACCUUGAGUGGCAAGGGAAAAGCUGGUCUGUCCACAAGGGGAUGCAUGCUUCUGCAAGACGCCUCCUGAUGGGAGGGGGUGGAAAGGUCAUGAUCACCAUACGAGCUGCACUAGAAGAAUUUCCGGAAUAUGGUGUGGUGCUAUGUGGUCACUCACUAGGGGGGGGAGUUGCCGCACUCCUAGCAACGAUGGUUUCUGAGCCUAACAAUGAAGGGCCCGGUACUUCGUUUAUGACUGCUGCCUAUCAGUCCAGCACGAAACGUUUACUUCUACCUGGAAGUAGCGAUCAAAGCAGCCAUGCGGCCUAUUACCUUCCCCCAGGGCGUCCCAUACAUGUUUAUGCAUACGGCCCUCCAGCAACCAUGUCCCCAUUUCUCCGACGCGCAACUCGUGGGUUGAUUACAACGGUUGUAAACGGUCAGGAUGUGGUACCAAGUCUAUCUCUGGGUAUCCUACACGACAUGCAUACAGUAUCUGUGGCUUUCAAAGACGAUGUUUCUGGUGCCAGAUCAAAUGUUCGCGGUCGUGCUUGGGAGAGCUUACGGCAAGGUAUAGUUAACAAGUUCUAUGUGAAUGAGCCUCCCAUACUUUUGCAUGCUGGCGAUGGAUUUGGUGAAGAUGCAUGGGCGUGGCGAACUCUGAAAAUGCUCAGAGAAGAAAUGAUUGCACCGAAGCUAAUGCCUCCUGGAGAGGUCUUCAUGGUUGAGACGAUGCGUGUUCUGCAGCGAAACGCGUUCACUUCUCAGACGUGCGACGACGGAUAUCCGCAACUAGGACGCCCCGCAACAAGAGUACAACUAAAGUUCAUUCGAGAUGUGGAAGCUAUGUUUGGAGAACUGAGGUUCGGUUCAGGGAUGUUCAGCGACCACAAUCCAGCAAGAUAUGAAGCUAGCCUCGCCUCUCUUACACGGGGAAUUUUGGAUGAUUAA